UCUCUCAUUUCACAUACACAACCCUUCUAUCUCUUUCUUCUCGUAUCGUAUUUCUUUCUCUCUUUUUUUUUUCUUGUGCUUUUUCAAACGAAUAUCGGGGCUCCUUAAAAGAGGGGAAAAAAAAACCACAAACCCUAAAAAUCGACGACGAACAAGGGUCUGUUGAUUGAUCCCCAAUGAAUCACUAGCCAUUUUUGCUGCAUUUUUCUCUUUGCUGUGGAUUUGGAUUCUCCCGCGCCACCAUUACCAUUUUCUUGCCUUCUUCAAGUUCAUCAUGGUAGCAACUGCUGCUACAUCCGCGUUUUAUCCUCUUCCUUCUUCAUCUUCUGACUCUGGAGCAAAGAACACCAAAAUUGGAGGUGGAUCUGCGAAUUUGGGGGGGAUCAAGUCUAAAUCUCUGUCUUCUGGAAGUCUUCAGGUGAAGACUAAUGCUCAAGCCCCUUCCAAAGUAAAUGGAAGCUCAACUGGUUUAUCAACAUCUGCAGGUGGUGUCAAGGCUGGGGAUGACUUCUCGUCAUCUCACCCACGAACUUUUAUUAACCAGCUGCCUGACUGGAGCAUGCUUCUUGCUGCUAUUACCACUAUCUUUUUAGCAGCUGAGAAGCAGUGGAUGAUGCUUGACUGGAAACCUAGGCGGCCUGACAUGCUCAUAGAUCCGUUCGGUUUGGGAAGGAUUGUUCAGGAUGGUCUUGUGUUUACCCAGAAUUUCUCUAUUAGAUCCUAUGAAAUAGGUGCUGAUCGUACAGCUUCUAUAGAGACUUUAAUGAAUCAUUUACAGGAAACUGCCCUUAAUCAUGUUAAGACUGCCGGGCUACUUGGUGAUGGAUUUGGUUCUACGCCAGAAAUGUGCAAAAAGAACCUGAUAUGGGUAGUUACCAAGAUGCGGAUUAUGGUAGACCGUUACCCGACUUGGGGUGAUACCGUUCAAGUAGACACUUGGGUCAGUGCUUCUGGAAAGAAUGGCAUGCGCCGUGAUUGGCUCGUGUAUGAUUGCAAAACUGGGGACACUUUGACAAGAGCUUCCAGUAUCUGGGUUAUGAUGAAUAAAGAGACAAGAAAGUUGUCAAAGAUUCCUGAGGAAGUGAGGAUAGAAAUAGAGCCAUUCUUUAUGAACACUGCUCCUGUUAUUGAAGAUGAUGGCAGGAGACUUCCAAAAAUUGAUGAUGAUACAGCUGAUUAUGUUCGAACGGGUUUGACUCCUAAAUGGAGCGAUUUAGAUGUCAACCAGCAUGUUAAUAAUGUGAAGUACAUUGGCUGGAUUCUCGAGAGUGCCCCGCCACCGAUAUUAGAGAGUCAUGAACUUUCUUCCAUCACUUUGGAGUACCGGAGGGAAUGUGGGAGGGACAGUGUGCUGCAGUCCCUUACUGCCGUCACUGGCAUGGACGUUGGGACUUUAGCGACUGCUAGUGAUGUUGAUUGCAAUCACUUACUUCGGUUCGAGAAUGGGGCUGAGAUUGUGAGAGGAAGAACAGAGUGGAGACCCAAAUUAGGCAACAAUUUUAGGAUCCUAGGCCAUAUUUCAGCUGAUCGUGGAAUUUAAGCUGCCACGCUAGACCUCUCGGAGGAGGGUUCCUACUGCAUCCAUGGAGGGUUCCUACUGCAUCCAUGGUUUGCGCCAAAUUCUGCUUUUAAUCCUCAGAUAUAUAUAUAUAUAUGUCUAUAUGUUUUUUUCAUUCCCCCUCUAAACAGAAAAAAGGAAAGAAAAAAAAAAGUUUAAUUUCAUUGUAAUUACCCCUUAUCUAUUAUUUUUCCCUCUUGUCCCCGGAAGGCUACUGUAUAAUGGUUAUCUUGCUCAGCCUGGUCGGUUGCUAUGCAAUCAAUGUGUACCUACCGCUGGCCGAUUGUCUCACAGCAGGGUCGAAAAUAUUUUUGUUUGAAAAUUCAUUGGAUUUUUUUUUCUUUUUUUACUUCGAAGGGUAUCAUUUGUAUAUUUACUUGCAUAUUUCUUUUAAUUCUGGUUUGGAAGCUGUUAAAGAGAAGGAAAAUUUUCCAUUUUUUGGACCU